GUUUGCGCCAAACGGGUGGGCGUCCCAUUCGUUUCGUCAAACAGCACCCGUCACAAAGUUCGUAACGCUGCCGGUGAAUUCCUGCAUGUGUAUCUGCCUGGCGGAGCGGAGUGGAGUGGCGGCAAGACUUUGCGUUGUCGGUUUUUGGUUCGGAAACAGGUUUUUUGGCCGGACCUCUUUUCUGCCAGAUUCUCUCAGUUUUCUCUCGAAUCUCUGGGUUUCUCCAACUCUUUCCACGACUUCGGUACUGCCAUUCGCCAGGCCUUCCCGCUGCACUCCAGCGGCCUCGGCAAAACACCUGGCGCGCGAACUCCCAACAACCCGAUAGAUUUUCUUGUCUUCCACGUCGUUCCACAGUUCUUGGCGCCGACACCCCGCUCUCGCGGCUUGUUGACUCUUUCCAGUUAGCGCGUUUCCUCACUCGUUUCGCCACACGAGAGUUCGGUGCUGCAUACCCCGUUUUUUUAAGUGCCUGUCGACGCCGUCGGCGGUCCUCCCUGCCGUUCCUUGUCGUAUGUCCCGCUUUCCUCGGUCGUGUGACUCCCAGAAAACAGACGAUCCCAGAAGCUGUGAACGCGGUUCUCCGUGUCACGGACCCCCGUCUCUUUGCUACGUGUCUUGUCCCGUCGCUUGCGCGCCUCCGCUUCCUCGAGGUCUCUUUCGUCGUCUAAAUAGUUUUCUUUCUCAGCACGUUUUCGUCAAAGAGACUCACUCACCCAGUCCUUUCUUCCGCCACUGGCUGCUUUAUCGCACCUUCGCUCAUGGCAGUUCCAAGCAAACUGGAGACAAGCGUCUGCGUCGUUCACCUGCAGUUCGUGCCAGUGUCCUAGACGCGGCACUCGAUUCGUUACAAACGGAACUAUGCUAACAAGAACCACUAUCGAAGUCCAUACACUAGCAGUUGCUUCUUCCCUUUGUCGACUUUCAGCUUCCUUGCGAGAUAUUCUAAUAUGUAACUCCGUUCAUGGAAACCUGAGAGCUUUCACACUUGUAGUCACUACUCCGCCGGUGCUAAAAUGAUCAGGACCGUCGUACUGGGAGCAUGCAUCUCCGAGACGGGAUUCUUCCAGUGCUUCGACUCUUCCAACCUGAAACCUGUCGUUUCUCUAACGUGCUUGGUUUUCCAGGAGAAACCUGUGCCGACUGAUUCUGUGCCUCUCUAUUCUCACCUGGCCCGGAGAACGCGGUGCGAUCUUACAGGUUCUUCGCCUUGAUUCGACUUUGGACACGAGUCCUUCUUCUCUUUCUUCUUUCUCUUCUCAUUCUCUGUCAGUAGAUUUGUCUGGCCGUGGUUUUUUCGUGUCGCGCGCAUCUUGUUUCCUACAAUCUCGCUGAGUGGAGAGCAAGGCGCCUUCAACGUUUGCUCUUUCCAUUUUGGUGCCCGAGAAGCCGUUUCCCGGGGGGUGACUGCAGGCGGGACCAGGCCCGCGUGAACGGGAAACUGACGGCAGAAACUUCGACAUCGACGCGGCGCCGGAGGAAGCCUUCUGAGUCUCCACAGCCGACGACGUCGUCUGCCUGGUUGAGAGGAUUCUGAGAUAGGCAUUCUUGAUUUUCCUGGGAUGCGGACGUCCCAGGGCAGGCUGUAAGAAAGGUCAAAGGCUUGUUGCAUGCUGUUUUGCAGGCGGCGCAGAAAGACUCUUGACGCGCCACUUUGAUUUUGCCGCGUCGGAAAGAGCAUCAAAGGCGUCCUCAGAUGGGAAGGCCCCCCCUGCAUCUCCUUUGGAAUAGCCAAAGCGCCGAUUCCAGAGUUCGCCCACCCUACCAAAAACGACUCGCCACGUCGGAAGCUUGUGGCAGCCGCCACCUCGCUCGUCCCUUUCGAGACGCGACGUCGGCGCGACAUGAAUGCGAAGAAAUCAAAUUGAGGAUUCGUUCCGUUUGUCGGCUUCAGUCGAGCAACCAGGACCGCAGCAAGGCUUUCCGCGAGUCGAACAAGCAACGCUGGCGAGGUUUCAGCUCCGCAAAACCCCAGAGAGGAGGGACGUCGCACGUUCCCACCGUCUCUGCUCUCUCCUUUCCACAAGUGGGGGGAGAGAGAAGCAGGGCCAACACUCUCUCGGACUCGCGAAUAUCGGAGCGCGCUGCAGCCGUAGAGCGGGGAUGUACAGGAACCAUAAGAAUCUCGAAGACUGGCGUUGCCAAGAUCGUUUCGACCGCGGGAUUGGGGGGGACCGGAUUUUGACGUUGCACUGGGUCGGUUGUGGAGUGUCCAUACAGCGUGCCACUGCCGAGAGGGUUCCGGUGCGACAGCGCCGCUGAGAUCGGGAGACAGAGAGAACUACGCGAGGGCCUGCGACCCAGGAAAAGAACAGAGGGGAGAAGCUCGGCGAACGCAGAAAGGCGAAGAGCCGAAGGACAGCGCGUCGUUUCUUCGCGGAAUCAAGAUUUGCUGAUUCUGAACAGCCUCGUCUCUGCAGGACAGACGCGCUGCAGAGACUUCAGACGUUUAAUCCCUAAACCGUCAAGAGAGAGCAGAGAAGCGACCAAACGAGGAAACAACGCGCAACAAAAAUGGAGAGCCGGACGUCGUCCGGCGGAAGAAGUGGAGGCCGCGGGAACAGUCGCAACCGAGGCUGUGUCAUGGCCAUUUCUUGUUUAACGUGGGCAAGCGACUCUCAUGGCCUCUUCGAUUAUGAGUCUCGAAAUGUAUUCAAAAAGAACUUCAAAGUUCAGUGCCUAAAGGACGCAUACCGCGCCAUUCGCAUCAAGACAGACGUUCUGCUUCUGCCAGAGGAGGAGGCGAUUCAAUUUCUCCAUCAGCAACGCGACUUCCCAGCCUCAGAUGUCCGCUCUCUCCUCAAGCUGCAGUGGACAAAUGGCGCGUACCACGUGAUUCCUUCUCACGCCUCCGAGGUGUGCAUCGACCCGUCUCAGGCGGUGCAGCGGUCGUCGUCGCAUGCCCGGUCCAGCAACAGCUCGGGGGCCGCAGCGCCUUUGUCUCAGGCCGCCCCGUACACUCUCAUUCCCCCACACCGGCCACCAGGAGGCCCGGCGUUUUCGCCCUUUGUCUCCUCGCAGGACGAGGGCCCAGCGGACCCCGCGCCGCCGGUCUGUCCCGCCGCCUCCCUCCCGGACUCGGACCUCUCCCCUAGAGGCGAGAGGCUUCCCGCGGGCGCGGGUCCUGGGGGCCUUUCGCGAGGCCCUCAAUCUCUCUUUCCGCCCGAGAACGCGCCCCAUACGAGUCGAAUCGGGAGUCCGGGAAGCGGGAGCGCCUCUGCACUCAACGCGUCCCGCAUGGUGUCUCCGAAUCCCUCUUCCGCUUCGUCGCUCGCACCCGGCGCGGGGACUGCUGAGGCUCCAGUCUCCUCGCUCGCCGGCUCGGGCAGCGGGCAAGUCCCCGAACCGGGGGACCGAUCGUCCAGUCGCGCGCCUUCGGUCAACGACCCGCUCCAGGCGGCCUCGCCCGCGCCCGGAACUGUCUCCAACAUUGGUGGGAGUGUCUCUUCGGGUCCGCCGCGGCGGCACUCGGGCCCGGGCCUGGAUGCCCCCGCCGACGGCGGGUCUCUGUCCCCGCACCACACUCUGCAGUCCGGGACCGAGCCGGCGUUCGAAGGCGACGCCGAAAGCCAACAGCUGGAGCCUACACCCGGCGCAGCCGCUCCUGCCAUUUCCGUCAGCGGGGCCGGGUCUCCGCUCCGCGGCGCCGAGCACGGCGCGAGUCUCCGGGCCCAGGAGCCGCAGGCCAGCCUCCUGCUGCCCGCGUCCUCGGGCGUGGAGGCAGAGCCGGGUCUCGGUGGGGGGGGCGACUGCCCGCGCGUAAGCGCCGAGAAGAUCUGGCUCGUGGUCCGGAGUCUCCGGGAGCGAGGAGGCGUCACCCUUCGAGAGGGCGACGUCAUGAAGCUCGGCCGCUUUCGCCUGAAAGUGAAGGAACUUGUGGCGAACUACCAACAAGCCGCGCGGGCUCAGGAGCACCGCCUUCCUGCGGCAGACGCAGAUGAGUGCGAGACGGUCGCGCCCGAGCCCGAGAGCCACAAUCCGAAUCUCUCCGUCGUCAACAGCCAGGUAGAUCAGCCGGUGCCCUCGGCCGCGCCGGCUCCCGCCCAGCUCGGGGCUACUGACCCGAGCGGGGCCUCUCAGACCCCAAACGCCUCCCUUGGAAACUCUGCUGCCCCCUUCGCCCCCCUAAGACUGCAGGCCCCCUUCUCGGGCGCAGCCGGAGACAGGGGAGACAGAGGCGACAGGGAAGAAGACGGCGGAGGAGAAGCGGGGGACGGCGAGAGAGAGGAACAGCUCCGGGAAGAGGGCCUCCUCGAUGUGGGUCUCCCGCAGUCCCAGACGGGCCAGAUGCCAGCAACGGCAGCUGCGACGGACGAUGAAGACGCGUGCGGGACUCAGAGGCCGAGAAGAAAUGAAGGCUUGCGACAGUCACCGUCAUUCGGUGCGCUCCCAGAUCCUCUGCUAGUGGCCGACUGUUCUCUCCCAGCACCUGCGCCUGCCACUCCGCGACAAUCGUCUGAGGCCCCGAACAACGCCUAUGGCUGCUUCCUCCCCCAGCGCCCCGCCUGUCGGAUAUGUUUGUGCGAGGCGCCAGACGAAGACGAUGCAGAGAGCAGAAACAAUCCACUCGUCGCUCCUUGCCGCUGCAAAGGAAGCAUGCAACACGUUCACCUCCAGUGCCUGCGGACGUGGAUGGAAGGCCGGCUGAACAUACGCAGCGAUGGAACAACAGUCGGCUACUUCCUGCGCGCUCUCGACUGCGAACUGUGCAAGGCUCCCUACCCAGCUUUCGUCGACGGUGGACGUGGCAGGGUCAUCGAACUCUUUGAGAUUCCUCGACCGUCAUUCCCAUACAUCAUUCUAGAACCUAGAAGUUCGCAUCCGUCUCCGUCGUCUCCCUCUCCUCCAGCUCUCCGGCGGGGGCUGCAUGUGGUGUCUCUGGCGACUCGGAGAACAGCGCGUUUAGGCCGAGGCCACGAGUCAGACAUUCGCCUCAGCGACAUCAGUGUCUCUCGACUUCAUGCGCUGAUUAAAUUCAGCCAGGGAGCUUUCUGGCUCGAGGAUCAACGAAGCAAAUUCGGAACUUUGGUGGAGCUGAAGAGGCCUCUCAAACUGGAACGCGGAGGCACGGGAGUCGCGUUGCAGGUUGGCCGCACAGUCAUUUCGAUCGUCGUCAAGCGGCAGUGGAGCUUCCCCCUCCCUGUUUGCCUGAAAGGCGUGAGAGCCCCAGAGAGCGACAUCACUGUCCUCGAGUGUCCCCAGCAAAGUCCUCCGUCUGCCUCUCUGACUCAGGGUCCUCCUGCGAUUUCUCCGGCUCUCGCCAGUCCCCACCCUCCGGCGGGGACACAGGGGAGUCCCGCGUCCGAGGGGCCUCCGGGGGCGCGGGCCGCCCUCCCGUUGGCUGUCGCCCAGAGUCCCCCGGCGAGGGCUUCCGCCGAACCAGUUGCUCCUGGCGCUGCCCUUCGGGUGGCUGCGGAGGCGGUGCGCGCCGUUUCGUCUCAAGAGACUCCCCAGAGUCCCCGCCAGGGUUUGCGGACCCCCCAGGCUGUUUUGUCUCCGCGCGCGGCGGGGGUCCUGGUCCAGGGGCCUGAGCCGGUCCCCGGCGCGCCAGCUACCCAGGAGGCGGAGCCGGCGCCUGUGGCAGGACUCGAGGUCUUUGGUGCCCAAGGCGACGGCGUUGCGGCCGCGGUGGGCGCGGCCAGUGGCGCUGCUGGUUCCGAGCAGCAUAGAGUGGGGGGCGAGUUUAGCGCUCCCGACGACGGCAGCCGAGAGAAGGAAGGAGACAAGGGCCAGGGAGAGCACAACGACGGAGAAGGAAGAAACAGUCAAGAAGCCGAGGGUGCUGAAGCCGGGUCAGAGGGCGAUUUGGGAAACAGAAACAGGCGACAGAGAGGAGGGGAAAGAAGUGAAAAGGGGGAAGAGAGUGGCCAGACAGCAGAGAAAGAGGAAUCAAAGGACGAGGCACCCGAGGGGAUGGAAAAACGGGAGGACGAGGCGUAAGGAAAAAAGAUCCGCCUCUGGGGUUCGUCAUCGAGGCAGUCACCACAAGAAGCAGGAGAGAUGCAUCUGACGCCUGUGGUUCUAUCGCCGAAACGAGAACGCGGCGAAUCGCACGCAGAGUUCAGAGCUGUAAACUUUUAAAGUUGCGAAACGAAAGGCAGAGAUCGAGGGUGGAUAGACUCGCUGGCGAACCACGCCGGAGGUGUGGGAGUGUCUAAGCAGGAUCCGAGAGAAGAAACGAAAAACGUCAACGUUUUUUCGAAAACGAAUUUCGAGAAGAGAAGUGGAAAAAGAGGAGAUAGGACGGGCGAAAGAGACCGAUUUGGGGCAUCUUGGCCGAGGCGAGAGAAAUCUCAGAAUCGCCUCGGCGACGCAGGUUACGUUGUCAAGUCUAUCUACCGCAGGGUUUGUCUUUUCAGUUGCGAAGCUUACAGAGAGCAUGUUUGUGGGCCUCAGCUUCGUCUCUCACUUUCGGGCACUUCUGUUAUGGGCGAAACAACGAACUGUACAUCUGUCCUGUACUCCAAACGAUUUGAGGUUCGACAGAGUAGCGCCUUUGUGCAUGCAUGCAUCCACUCGUCUGCGUUUUCCACUUCAGGACCGUGUACAUCGAGAAACAUAGAUUUGCGUGAAUUCUUUUCUUUGUUGUAACUUGCUUGUAUAGCGUAGAGCGCAGAGAACAAACGCGGUUGCGUUUUCUUUGUGGCGGCAAGGUUCACUUUUUAUUCAUUUGAGCGACAUUGUGAAUGGGGUGCGGCUCCGUGGCCCGAGUUUGUCCAAAAUAUCGCGGGAAGAGAAGCCACUUAAGAAAAGCGUCUUCGCUGCCUCAUAGUGCGUCUCUGAAGUUGAGACAGCUCGACGCAUCCACAGUCCCUGUCUUCUUUGGUGCACUCAAAGAGACUGCACAUUUCUCGUCUUGGGCUCUCGCCAUCAUCCUAGGGUACAACGGCUGAAAGAUUACGUCAGGUGCAC